UUUUGAAAACGUGAAGUAAAUUUGCCGGUUCAAUAAGAUACUUAAAUAUUACUGAGAAAGAAUCACCUGGAUCCGAAUCAUGGACGAUGGAAAUCCAAUUCAACCGGAAGUUUGCCACCGGAAAGAUAAAAAGUUGAUCAGAAGUAAAUUCAAAGAUGUAAUGGUCAAAGUCGACGAAGAUAUUUAUUACCUGGAUCGGCUGCGAUUGGCUUUAAAAUCGAAGUACUUCGAAAAACUGUUUACCAACGACUUCAACGACAAGAAUGACGACAUAAUAGAAAUUCCAGUUAUGGAUUCCGACACAUUUUCCGCGAUAGUUGAUAUCAUAUACGGUAGCGAGUUGAAAACUGUAGUUAAUGCCGAUAAUUAUGUAACGUUAUUGAUGGCUAUGGAUUAUCUGCAAAUGAAAGUCAACGAAAAGACUUACCGUAACAUUAUAUUUAAUAUGGUGAUGAAUUCACCUCUGGAAAAUGACAAUGAUACGCGCACAAGUGUAUUCAAAUUGUACCAUUUUCUCACUGAUAGUGGGAAUUUCAAGUCCUUGUUAUCCGUUAUUUUUCGAUUUAUCUCUGAGCGAUUAGAAUAUCUACAAGAUCUCGAUGAAUUUUUAUCAAUUCCACUCGAUCAUUUCACUCAAAUUAUUCGGCUACGGUAUUACUGCACUUAUUGGAAUAAAUAUGAAAAACAAGCAUUUAGUAAACUUUGCACCAAAUGGAUCUAUCACGAUGUGGAAAAUCGACUACCCGGUACAAUUGAUGUUGUGAAUGCGGUUCGGCACCGAUUUUUUAUCCCUACUGAUGUCUCACGGGAAGCUCUUAACUUACAGUCGUCAGUCAUCGACGAACGGAUGGACCAAGAUAAAUUUUCAAGAUAUUUUUACAAGAUGUUGGCGUACGCUAGUGGAGAAAUCUACAUCUGUGUUGAUGCAUUGGAAUUAGAUUCGACAGCAGAUGAUAAAUCAAGUGGAGAUGAGGAUGAAUCAAGCGAAGAUAAUGGUGAAUCGAGCCAAGAUAAUGACGAAUCGAGCCAAGAUGAGGAUGAAUCAAAACAGGUUAAAAAAGAGAAGAAGAAGAAGAAGAAGAAAAACAGAUCUGGAUGCAGUUCGUGGGUGGUGGAUUACGAUGCCGAUCUGGAAGAAAUUUCUCAAGACCAGCAGUUUUUCAAUAGUCAAUCAAAGUUGAAAACGUUCUUGAGAAACAGCAAUUUGUACGAUAUCACGGUAAAAGUUGAUGAAAAAAUUUAUAAACUUCAUCGAUCCGUAUUGAGAUCGGCUUCUUCAUAUUUCGAGGACAUCGUUUCCACUGAGUACUCUGAACUGGUUGCAGCUCAAUGCAGUGAAGUACCUACCCUUCCAAGUAAGGAUAAAAUAUAUUCUAUCGAUGGCAUCGAUUCAGAAAUAUUUGACAUUGUGAUCGAUUAUAUAUAUUUGGGAAAGGAGAAAUUCAAAUCUGAUACAGUCGUUCGCUUACUCAAAGCGCUUCACGUCCUAAAAAUUGGUGGUUUAUUGAAACCAUGUUGUAAGUGGAUGAAAGAUCAUUCCGAAAGCAUCUGCGCUAAAGAUGUAGUUGAAAUAUUGAAUUUCACUCAUGAAAAAGUCGAGUACAAGAAAUUGAAUAAAAUAUUUUUAGGUAAAUAUAUCUUGAACUCGUGGCCAAAAAUAGACAACUUGCCACAAUUCGCAGAUCUCUUUAACGCGAUAAGCCUUACUACAGAAACCAGCUCGAGAGAAAAUAAAAUAAAUUUGACCGGUAAAGUUGAUCAAAAGACAUUCAAGAUGAUUAUAAACCAUAUAUAUGAGAUUAAGCGCGAGGAAGUGACGGAUCUCAAUAUCGUGCCCAUUUUGAAGGCGAGCGAGACUUUUAAAAUGAAAGACUUGAUAGAAAGAUGCAUUGACCGUUUGACCCUCACCCUGAUAGUAGUUUUUAGAAUAAGUGCCGCAGAUGUAAUCGAAAUAUUGAAUUUCGCUCGCAAUAAUAUUCGGUACCGCGAAGCUCUUUAUAAUGUGCUCCUACCCAGAUACAUGAAGGACUGGCCUCAAGUGGACGAAUCAUUAUUUUGUUCAAUUUCUUUCGAACAUUUAGAGAAUUUGUUAACAGCAGCACAUUUUUCUCUCGAUGAUCCACGUCAAAUCCUGGAUAUCUGUUCAAAAUGGGUCGUCCACGACACAGGAAAUCGGUAUUGCCUCAUUCCUCGAAUCGCUCUGGCCAUCAGUCAAAAUCGUAUCGUAGACAGUGACGAAUAUUCUGUCGAAAAUCCUGCUGAUUUGAACAACUGCUCGCAAGAUUUUGUCAGAGAUAAGCUUUGGGAAAUUUUAGCUUCAACAUCUGUACUUCCUUUCGCAGUAUUAUCCGAGAGUGAAACAAUAAAAGAAGAAACCGAAUUUCCGACAUUUAUCGUAAUAAAUAAGAAGGCAAAAUUUGGAAUUUUGAAUUUCGAUUGGAAUGAAAUGGUGUCAUUUAAACUCUGCAAAAAUGCAUGUGAUUCUCGAGAAAGCUGGUAUCCUGCGUCAGCUACUAUGAUCAACGAUAGCUUAUUCAUACUUUGCACUAUAAAUGGAAAAUCUUAUUUUCACGUCUACAAUUUUUCUCUGAAAAAGUUAUUCAGCCUGGCAUCUGAUUGGCAAAUUUAUCAAAAUGAUGACCGCUACUACAACAAACCUUUAAAAUAUGUCUUGUUGAAUUGUCGUAACGAAAUUUACUGCUGUAUUGAAAAUGGUAAAAUCUUAAAAUAUUUGUUCGAAUUGAACCGUUGGAUGAAAGUUUCAGAUCGUGAGCCUGGUAAAUAUGGAAUAUGCUACACGAGCGAGAGAAAUAAAUUGUACAGAAUGUAUGAAAUGGAGCGAGUUGGUACUGAGCCGACCUGCAGUUAUACCAUCGAGGCCUAUGAUUUUCAGCAAAAUUCUUGGGUUUCUGUACCUAACGUAAGGAGACUUAGUCGUCGUUAUCUUAGAGAUUCUGACGAAUAUAGGAUACCACAUGAACUGAUUUUUAUUAGCAACUACGGUUUCGCUGUGUUAUUCAAAAGCGAGUUGCAUAUAUUUAAUCAAGAAACGCAAAUUUGGACUCAGCAUUCAAUACCUCGCAACCACUGGGGAGUGUAUCACGAAGAUUUUUCGAUCAUUAACGGCAAUGAAACUGGUAAAAUAUUAUACGUGAUCAAUAAUCAAUUGCACUAUUUUUCUUUAACAAAUCAAAAUUGGGUGUUGAAGAAAGAAUGGCCAGGGCAGGAAGUCAAAAAUGAAUAUGUGUCUCGUAAAAUACUCCCUUAUGAAAAUAUUAUUGCUAUUCAUAGAUAGUUCCAUUAUUCGCAUUUAGUUGUUUCAGUUGUGUGUAUUUUUUACUACUGUUUGAAACGUAUCGUUAUCAUGUUAUAGUCCUAUUAAUUAAGCAUAAGCUAUACAUUUUAGCCUUAAUUAGGUAUCUAUCUACCUAUAAUCAAUAAUAAGUUUAACAAUUGUUUUAUUUCAUCAAUUAUAAAUUGUACA